CAACCAUUAGCGUACGUAACGUGAUCAACCGCCAAAACAUUGGUAUCCUCGCGGCCAAGAAGAAAAAUACCAAAGCUCACGAAACUGUUGAGAGGAUAGCUCUCUGCUUUCUGCUCUUCAACAACCCUCUUUCAUAUUUCCUUUUAAAAUUUUUCUUCUGUGCUCUUAAAUAUGAAUUUCUCAUUUUCCCCCUUUUCUGCUACACAGCCUCCCCAGAAAGUCUUUCAAUUUUCUCGAGAAAAUUCCAAGUACCCAAUGGUUAAAAAGGCUGGGUUGUUUGAUUUAGAGACCCAUUUUGCCUUCUAUGGAGCAUAUCACAGCAAUCCAAUUAACAUUAUGAUACACAUUUUAUUUGUGUGGCCAAUUUUCUUCACUUCUCUUAUGCUCUUCUACUUUACACCAUCAAUAUUUGAUAUUUCUCAAAUUGGGUUUGGUGGUAGUCAUGGGUUGUUGAUGGUGAAUCUGGGGUUUGUUUUUACCUUGAUUUAUGCAUUGUUUUAUGUGUGUUUGGAUAACAAAGCGGGGAUUGUUGCUGCUUUGCUUUGCUUUGCAUGUUGGGUUGGUGCUAGUUUCCUCUCAUCAAGUCUUGGCUAUUCUCUCGCUUGGAAGGUUGUACUGGCAGCACAAUUGUUUUGCUGGACUGGACAGUUUAUUGGCCAUGGAGUGUUUGAGAAACGGGCUCCUGCUCUUCUUGACAACCUUACACAAGCUUUUUUGAUGGCUCCUUUCUUUGUACUUCUUGAGGUUCUUCAAAAAGCUUUUGGAUAUGAACCGUAUUCAGGGUUUCACGCAAGUGUAAAAGCAAAGAUAGAUGCGGAGAUUAAGGAAUGGCGAGAGAAACAACAUAAGAAAUCCACUUAAUUUAGGCAGUCACCAAUUGGAGAACUCGGUACAACUUUACAUCUGUAACCACAACAGAGAAUUGGUUUAUGCUGGUCUGUUACCAAACUAAAAAGGGCAUCUUUUAUGUACUGAAACAUAUGUUGUAUGCUUACGAUCCUUGUUGCCAAGAGGCAUGUCUGAAGUUACGAGUUAUCCAGUUUUUGCUUGUUUUGUGAAAACCAAAAUAAAUACAGGAAUUGAGUUUCUCAUAAA